AUGCCGGUAGCUAAAGACAAAUAUAAUUUAAGACCAUUUAAAGAAGCUCCCUUAUCAACAUCUCCCAUCAAACCAAUAGAAUUAGAAGCGGUUGAUUUAUCACUUUAUAAAGAUGGUGCUGGGAAUUUACCAAUUAGACAAAAAUUAGCAACUCAAAUUGAAAAAUCUCUUUCAACAUAUGGUUUUAUCAUGGUUACAAAUCAUGGAUUUCCUCAUGAUAAAUUGGAAUUUCUUAAAUCAUUAGCUCAAGGGAUUUUAGAAGUUCCUCUUGAAAGUCAAAAACCAUAUUUGGCAGGAGCGUUAAAAUCUGAUUUAGAAGAUCGAUCAAUUUCAUUAGGUGCUGAAAGAGGUGCUGGUUAUAAACCUAAAAAAUAUUGGUCAAUGAGAAAUGGAGUUGAAGAUUCAAUUAUUCAUUAUAAUUUUAAUAAUAUGCAACAUCCACUGUUUUUCCAAGGAUCAGGUAAUGCCAAUAAUAAUAAUCAAUAUCCUCCUAUAGUGCAAGACCAUUUAUCACAAGUUGCGGAAUAUUAUCGAUAUUUACAUAAUGAUGUAUUAAGGAAACUUUGUAAUUUAACUGAUAUUGUUUUAGAACUUCCAGAAGGUUUCAUUUGGGACAAUUAUUAUAAAGUUACACCUAAUGAUUAUGAAAAUUCUGGUGGUGGUGCUGGUCGAUUCAUGUUAUAUGAAGGUAUGGAUCCUCAAGAUCGUGAAAAAGUCGGUGAUACAUGGUUAAGGGGUCAUUCCGAUAGUGGAGGAUUCACAUUUAUUACGUCUCAACCAAUUCUUUCAUUACAAAUUCGAGAUUAUUUCACUGGUGAAUGGAAUUAUGUUGGCCAUACUCCAGAUGGAUUGAUUGUUAAUAUUGGUGAUGCCAUGGAAUUUAUCACGGGUGGAUAUUUCAAAUCUUCUAUUCAUAGAGUUGUUGGUCCACCAGAUGAUCAAAAAGAAUUCCGUCGAUUAGUAUUGAUCUAUUUUUGUAAACCUAAAUCAACUUGUAUUUUGGAUCCAGAACCUUUACAAUCACCUAAGUUGAAUCGUUUAGGUAUUGGUAAACCUAAAGAAUGGGAAAAAAUUGAUUUUGCUGCUUGGAAUAAUGAAAAAUCACGUUUAUUUGGUAAGAAAAAUGUUAAUGAUACUCAAUCUGAAGAACCAAAAUUAGUUUUACUUUAUGGAAGAUUACAUGAAAGAUGGCAUCAAGCAGAAACUGAUUUUAGUUUAGAAGAAGCCGAGAAAAAAUUUCAAGUCAUUAAAUUAACCUAA